AUGUCAGAGCCACCUCCUGUUCGUGCGCGCGGCAACAGUGCUUCACACACUUCCCAGCUACACACCUAUCUCUCCUCAUCGCCAAUUGCUGCAGCUAGCAUAGCACAGGACAUCUCCGACCAGUAUGAUACAGGGGACCUUGAUGGGGACGGAGAUUCUGAUACAGACUCCAUCAACCAACCGCUGGGGCAUUGUUUGGCCGAAUCGUAUCGACGACCUAGUUAUAUCGCGACAGGCCCCCGCUCUACUAUUACCGCGAACAAGCUCGAACAUGUACAUCUAUCGAAAGCAGAGAGAGAAGUAGCGAGGAAUGAAGAAAGAAGUCUGCUUAGGGACAACAAUAUAAUACCACCAAAACAUCCCAGACGAUCCAGCGAUAGUACUAUGGCACAAAAGCUCAAAUCACAACUGUCCUUUGGUCGUCUGAGGAAGGUGCAGAGUGUUCCAGAUGAGGAAAGUAGACGAGCCGAGCACGAGUACCUAAACAGAGCAGUGAACGAAGAUACACCACUGAUUGGUGACCCUUCAAGACCCUAUGGAGGUAUCGACAAUCCCAGCUUGAUCGACCGGACUUGGGAGAGUGCGGUACUUGCAGGCAAGAUUCAGACGACGUGGCAGAGGGAGUCUAAGGUCCUGGCGAGAUAUUCGAGAUCGCUGAUUCUCACGUUCCUACUGCAAUACUCGCUGACUGUCGCGAGCAUUUUCACAGUUGGCCACAUCGGGAAGGUAGAGCUUGGCGCUGUGUCACUCGCCAGUAUGACCGCUAACAUUACCGGCUACGCCGUGUACCAAGGGCUCGCGACUAGCUUAGAUACCCUGGCUGCUCAGGCGUAUGGUUCUGGUCACAAAAAGUUAGUUGGCUUGCAGCUACAGCGCAUGGUGUAUUUUCUUUGGACAAUCACAAUCCCAAUCGCGAUAAUAUGGCUUCUCGGUACACAGAUUCUCGAAGCUAUAGUACCAGAGAAGGAAACCGCACGCCUCGCUGGACUGUAUCUCAAGAUUCUUUUGAUCGGAGCCCCCGGCUAUGCAGCAUUUGAGAGUGGAAAGCGUUAUGUACAGGCGCAAGGGUUAUUCUCAGCCACAACAUAUGUUUUACUCAUUUGUGCACCCACGAAUGCUUUGAUGAAUUACUUAUUCGUCUGGGUGUUCGGGUGGGGUUUCGUUGGGGCGCCAAUUGCUGUCGCUGUCACCGAGAACCUCCUCCCUCUCUGUCUCUUCAUCUACGUUUAUUUCGUCCACGGCAUGGAAUGCUGGGGAGGGUUCUCUAAGCGUGCCUUUCGAAAUUGGUGGCCGAUGAUCAAGCUUGCUCUACCGGGAUUAGUCAUGGUUCUCGCGGAAUUCUUGGCCUUCGAAAUACUAACUCUGUCUGCGAGUUGGUUCUCUACGAGCCAUCUAGCUGCGCAAAGCAUCCUCAGCACAGUCGCAGCACUCACCUUUCAAAUCCCAUUCCCGAUGAGCAUCGCCGCCAGUACACGUAUAGCCAAUCUUAUUGGUGCAACACUUGCAGAGCCUGCAAGGAUGGCUGCAAAAGUCGCCAUGGUAGCUGCUGUCUUCGUGGGAGUACUGAAUACAACCUUGUUAAGCAGUCUGAAGGCGUACAUUCCGAGGCUAUUCACGUCAGACCCAGAGGUUAUUGAUCUUGUCGCCGGUGUACUGCCGAUAUGUGCGGCAUUCCAACUCUUUGAUUCUAUUGCUACCAAUUGCAAUGGUAUACUACGCGGCCUAGGGCGACAAGAGAUUGGUGGAUACGUAAGCUUGUUUGCGUAUUACAUCGUUGGGCUACCAAUAUCAUUUGGUACCGCUUUUGGUCUUGGCUGGGAGCUUCACGGUCUCUGGGCUGGACCAGCCAUUGGGUUGGCCGUUGUCGCGCUAAUCAACAACAUCUUCAUUUGGCGAACGAGCUGGGAUCGAGCUGUGCAAGAAGCAAAGAAACGCAACAGCCAAGGCUAA